AUGACUGGUGGAAAUAGAAAGACGCUGAACAUCAACAGAAGGACACAGGACGCAUUCUACAGGUACAAAAUGCAAGGAGUUCAGACGAAAGUGGAGUCUGGGAGGACUACGAUUACGAAUUUGGAGGAAAUAGGAAGAGCACUUCGUAGAGAGCCAGGACACAUUCUGAGGUACCUGGGAGUGACACUGGGAUGCAGCACGAAGGUGGUGGAGACGAAAUACACCGUUGCAGGCGCAUUUGACGAGACAAAGUUGCAAGGGGCAAUUUACGAUUUCAUAGACCAAUUUGUUUUAUGCAAGGAAUGUGGAAACCCAGAAACCAAAUUUGUGGUUGAAAAAGAGGGGUUGAGCAGGGCUUGUUCGAGUUGUGGGGCGACUGUGGUUCAGGCUGACCACAAAAUAAGUAGCACAAUUAUCAGGGAGAUUGGAAGUGAGAGAUUUGUAGACAGAAAUUAUGAGAAGGAGUUAAACAAGAAUGCUGGUAAGUCAUUUGAUGAACUAUUUGUGGGAAUGGGGUAUAAGGAGAUGAAUGACUAUAAGGAUGAGUUUGCAAAAAAGACCAUUGAUCAGAUUCUGAUCAAUAUUGAGAAUAUGCUGGAGACUGAGGAGAGGGAGGAAUCGACCAGAAAGUACCUGAAGGAAGUGAUCAAAAUGGGGUAUGGAAUUGAUGAGAUUGAGGAGUACUUCAGUAGGCCAAAAAGAGACAAGAAGAGGAAUGGGCUGAUUAAGAAGGGUGCUAAGAAGUUUGUGGAGUCGUUUGAAAACUGA